GAAGACUAAAGUAUUUAGUCAUGAUCAUUGACUUUUUUUCCUCUUCUUUUUCUGUUACUUUAAACAAGUGGAAAGGAAAAUGAUUGUUCAGAUGCAAUAAACCUGCUCAAUGUGGUUAAAAGAGACAAAGACACCUUCCCCAACACGAUUUAUGUGCAGACAGGUUCCCCCUUCAAUCAAUAUCUGUAUCUCCACAUUUAAUUUUGUAAAUUAAUUCUGUCGGGUGAAACUCUGUUAAGCAGAAGGGAAAUUUAAGCCUGGAUAUCUUUAAAUAAUGUAAUACAAACACAACCAGUUUCACCCCUUUCCCAAAGACUGCAGGCAGAGGAGCUGUACAGACACACGUGAGUUUGGGCUGUAUUGGUACAUAGUUUGCUGGUCACUGUGAAUGUGUGCAGCCAUCCCAUGACCAUUAAUAAAACUGGAUGAUUUACAAAACCUCCCUGAGACAAAGAAGUGAAAGAGUACUUUUAAUUAAUGCAUGGUAAGAACAGUUUGUUUUCACAGAUCUUUAUAUAUUUUUUCUUUUUACUUAUUUUUCUUCAGAUUCUCUUUGGAAGGCUUUUUUGUCUUUUUUUUAGCAUUAAACACAAUGAAAAUACCUAUGCUAAUUUGAUAAAACCCUGUGGUUUUCCUCCAUACUUCACUGUAGUCCAGUGCUUGUCAAGGAAAAGAAAAUGCAGGCACUUUUUGGUGCAGUGUGCUGAAAACAAACUUCUAGCUUCUGGCUCAGGAGUGAGCACUGGUUCUUAUAGAAUUUCCUUGCCUUUGUUAUACAGAACCUUUUCACUGUUUGAAAGACUGCCUGGCAUUAAAUAUUACAACAUGAUAACUGAACCCAGGUCUCUGGUGGUUUUCAGCCACUGAAACUCCUUUUCUGGCUCUGAUGAGCUGGUAGUGCCUAAGAAAUACUAGGUAUACAUUUCAUUCUCACAUAAACGUUUGUAAGUGUGACUUAGUUAUGGCAUAAAAAAUAUCUGCCUACUUUCAGCAUUUAUCCUGCUUAUUUCUGUGCAUGCUGUGCUUGUUGAAGAAUAUGAUGACACACUGUACUUCGCUUCCCUCUACCCCCCACUGCUGUCUAUGGUGUGAACAUCUGGCAUCUGGAAAUAAAACAGCAUAAAACACUCCACUACUUGCCUACAUGAAUCAAUCUGCAACCCAAGCUAUGCUGAAAAUAGUGUCUGCUGGAUUAAUUUCUGCAAGGGUUGUAUCACAUUCUUAUGGAAGACUCAGCAGUUUUCAUAUGGAUCUUUCCAAACGUUACAGUCACCGAAGAUCUUGUUAGAAGACGUGCAGAACAUAACAACUGUGAAAUUUUUUCACUGGAAGAAAUCUCUUUACAUCAGCAGGAAAUAGAAAAGCUAGAGCAUCUUGACAAAUGGUGUCGAGAUUUAAAAAUUCUCUAUCUUCAGAAUAACCUAAUUCCAAAAAUUGAAAAUGUGGGCAAACUAAAGAAGCUGGAAUAUUUAAAUGUGGCUUUGAACAACAUUGAAAGAAUUGAAAAUCUGGAAGGCUGUGAAGACUUGAAGAAACUUGACCUGACCGCAAAUUUCAUUGGUGAACUCUCCAGCAUUGAAUCCCUAAAAUGCAAUAUUCAUCUGAAGGAAUUGUUUCUAAUGGGUAACCCAUGUACUGAAUUUGAAGGUUACAGACAGUUUGUAGUGGCAACUCUUCAUCAAUUAAAAUAUUUGGAUAGUAAAGAAAUAGAACGUUCGGAGAGGAUUAAAGCACUUCAAAACUAUCCAGAGGUGAAAAGGAAAAUCAGAGAACAGGAACGAACUUACCUUCUCAGAAGGGCCAGAGAAAAGGAAGAGGCUCAAAGAAGGAUGCAAGAAAGAAAGGAUGAGAAACAGAAACAAAUGGACUCUAAGCUUGGAUUUGACAGCCCAGACUCCUUACAGGGAAAAGCCAAUCAUGCAGAAGGAGAUGGAGAGCGGGAAAGAUACAGAGCAGUUGAAAAUGAUGAUGAAGACAGAAAAUUUUGGGAGGAGCCUACACCAUACACUCCAGAAUCUAGAUUAGAAACUCACAGAUAUAUUGAAGAAAAACGGAGAGCUAAAGACAAUAUAAGGGAAUCAAAAAAGAGAGAGAAGACUUCUUGGACACUGGUCACUGCAGAAGGAAAAGUUCUGAAUGUGAAUGUGCCUAAGCUUCAUUUCUCUUUGAAAGAUGAUGAAGAAAACAACCAGAUCAUCUUGGAUCUCGCCGUUUACAGAUAUUUGGACACUUCUUUACUUGAUGUUGAUGUGCAGCCAACUUACAUACGAGUACUGGUGAAGGGAAAGCCAUUUCAGCUUGUGCUCCCUGAGGAAGUGAAGCCAGACAGCAGCUCUGCUAAAAGAUCACAAACAACUGGUCAUUUAGUUGUCACCAUGCCAAAGGCUAAAGAAGUAAUCCUGGCUAAGCAAAAAGUUUCAGCUUCAAUUAAACAUUCUGACUGCAAUACACAGCAAAAAAACACAAGAAGGAGUGGACAAAUUGAGAAGUUAGAAGUGGAUCCUAGUAAAUAUUCAUUCCCUGAUGUGACAAAGAUAAUUCAAGAAAAGGAACAAACUGGACAGGGACCUAUAAAGCUCCAACCACAGAAGGUUACAGAGCCUAAGAAGAGCUGUGUUGAUUUGGAAAAUAAUGAAGAUUUUCCUCCCUUAAUUUGAAACAUUCUGAAAUAUUCCCUCUUGUUUUCAUUUUCAUGAUGGACAGCAGUAGAAGAAAGAGUAUGGUUAAGAGUGAGAGGUAUUGCUGUAAUCUACCAUUCAUCACUGAAUCUCCAGCAUAAUGCACAGCUCUUGGAUUCUGGAGCUCGCCUAAUGCCAUGUCUUGAAGGUUUGAGGAGAAAAUAAAGAGAAACUUCAAGAAAAAAAAUAAGCUGAGUGACCUACAUUACCUUCCUUCUGCAUUUGUUGUUGUUUAUAAUGGAAAACUUCAUUUGGAAGAGAAAAUGCUUCAGAUUCAAAUCACCUUUUGCUUUUAGUCAAGAGCAAGCAAGUCAGGAAGAAUCAGACAAUAUUUUCUGGUUAAAACUUUUUUUCAUCCUUAAGAUAGAAGAUUAAUAAGUUGCAGUUAUAACUGUAUCACUGUUUAAGUUCAGAUGGUGCCCACAGUAUCCUCAGCACAUAGUCACGUUCAUAGCAGAGCCUUUGAAAGUGCUGUAUCCCUAAUUUUGACAAACAUCAUACAAAAAUGUCAGCAAUGGGAAUGAAAAUAUUCCCAUUGAAUUCUGGGAAUUUUUAUCCACUAUAAAGUGCUUUAUGGUUCUUCACAGAUGCUUAAUGUAAGAUAAAGAUUAAUAGUCUAUCUUAAAGUGCACUGAAGAGAAGCAGAAAAUAUCCAUCAACUUAGGCUGAUAGCUUGAAAUGAUGCAUUUUUCUUCUGUUGCAAUUAGAAAUGGAUAUAGGGUAAAAAAAAAUUAAGUUUUGUAAUAAUGCUGGAUAUACUAAAAGCUGAAAAGAACAUUUAUAUAUUUCAAAGAUAUAAAUAAAAGCUGAAUUUGGGCAUCAUCUGAUGGCCUGUCACAUCA